GCGCGUGCGGCGAGAGGCUGUGGCUGGGCGAGCGGCGGCCGCGGCUGUCUGUGCUGGGGCGCCAGGUGGGCAGAUCUAGUCGUCAUGGAUUUGCGACAGUUUCUUAUGUGCUUGUCCCUGUGCACAGCCUUUGCCUCGAGCAAGCCCACAGAAAAGAAAGACCGUGUGCAUCAUGAGCCUCAGCUUAGUGAUAAGACUCACAAUGAUGCUGAGAGUUUUGAUUAUGAGCAUGAUGCCUUCUUGGGUGCUGAAGAAGCAAAGACUUUUGAUCAGCUGACACCGGAAGAGAGCAAGGCAAGACUUGGAAUGAUUGUAGAUAAAAUAGACACGGAUAAAGAUGGGUUUGUGACGGAGGGGGAGCUGAAAGCCUGGAUUAAGCAAGCCCAGAAGAAAUACAUAUAUGACAAUGUUGAAAACCAGUGGCAGGAGUUUGAUAUGAAUCAAGACGGCUUAAUCUCCUGGGAUGAGUACAGAAACGUGACUUAUGGCACUUACCUGGAUGAUCCAGAUCCUGAUGAUGGAUUUAAUUAUAAACAGAUGAUGGUUAGGGAUGAACGGAGAUUUAAAAUGGCAGACAAGGACGGAGACCUCAUUGCCACAAAAGAGGAGUUCACGGCUUUCCUGCACCCUGAGGAGUAUGAUUACAUGAAAGAUAUAGUGGUACAGGAAACAAUGGAAGAUAUAGAUAAGAAUUCUGAUGGCUUCAUUGAUCUUGAGGAGUAUAUUGGUGACAUGUACAGCCAUGAUGGAAACGUUGAUGAGCCAGAAUGGGUAAAGACAGAGCGAGAACAGUUUGUUGAAUUUCGGGAUAAGAAUCGUGAUGGAAAGAUGGACAAGGAAGAAACCAAAGACUGGAUCCUCCCCUCAGACUAUGAUCAUGCUGAGGCAGAAGCCAGACAUCUAGUCUAUGAAUCAGACCAAAAUAAGGAUGGCAAGCUCACCAAGGAGGAGAUUGUUGACAAGUAUGAUUUAUUUGUGGGCAGCCAGGCCACCGAUUUUGGGGAGGCCUUAGUACGACACGAUGAAUUUUGAGCUGUAGUAGAGGAUCCUACACUUCUUCAAAAAUAAUUUAUUUUUACAGCUUCUGGUUUCACAUGAAAUUGUUUGCGCUACUGAGACUGUUAUUACAAACUUUUUUUUAAGACAUGGAAAGGCGUAACGAAAACCAUCCCAGCCCCAUUCCUUCUUUCUGAGGGACUGUCGGGGAAACUCGAGCUUCUGAGAACAACUCUAAUUAGUAUACUUGUGUUUGUAGGUUUGUUCUUUGUAUCAUAUAUUACAUGGCGUGUUUAUUUUUGUAUUUGUUCUCUGAUUGGGAGCAUGACAUGAAGGAUCAAAAUCCUUGAUUUAACACUUUUAAGCAACACUAGACCUUCACUCUUUUUCACCCCUUCCCGUAGUACGUUUGCAAUUCUGACAACUAAUUUUGUAAGCCUGAGAUCAAUAAAAACUAUUCAGGAGAAAGAAAAGGGAAAUACCCAAUACUUUAUAUUUAGAGAGAUGAGCUUAAUCUUGCCUCUUGAAAAGUAUUUUUCAAGAGUAUUCAGGGUCAUGUAUUUCAUUCAGUAGCUCCAUAUCCAGUAACUAGUCCUGGAGUUACCUGGGCAAUGACAAAGCUCUAGUAGGAAGCCUGGCUCAACUUGUCAUUCAUUCUUUUGUUGUCAUUUUUCAUUCCCUUAUAGAACUGACUAGCUAUUUACUAAUUUUGCCAGGCACAGCUGCAGUGGGAAAAGUUAGGAUCAGUGACUUGAAAACCAAUCAAGUUGUGAGUGUAAUCUCUUUACAGAGUUAUACAUAGAAACAGCUGGAAAACU